AUGCCUUGGUCGAUAGACACGUCGCUAUCAUUCAUCACCCUUCUCCUCACAGGAAUCUCGUUCCUUCUUAAAAUCUGGAACCAUGUUGUAAAUUGGUCUUACAGUAGGGUUCUACCCCAAGGAGUAGCCAGAUCUACCCCCGAAACCUCGAUUAUCAGAAGACAACAACAACAUCGUCAUCAACUACACAGUGUCGAUCCAGAGAUUCUGCUCGAAUCUGGGCUACAUCCCGGAGCCUACCAAACGCUGAUUGUUAAUCAGCUGUUCCAGCUUUACCUUCGAUAUCUAUCCAUUGGGCUUUACAGAGAUUCAAUAUGGCUUUGGGAUAUUACAGCUAUCUUAAUUAUCUUUCAGAAAGAGAAAGUUCUUGCAUUUGUGAAUCGCAAUACAGUCUUUGGGCCCUAA